AUGAGGUGCAACCAGGUGAUAUUGAGUUGUGGAAUAACAAUGCCCGUCAUUGGGUUGGGCACUUAUUCCUUCCAAAAUGAUAGGAAGACAACAGAAUCCGCCAUUCAUAUGGCCCUCAAGAUGGGUUACAGGCAUUUUGACACAGCAAAGAUAUAUGGUUCUGAGCCAGCUGUGGGAAAUGCUUUGAGAGAAGCAAUUUUCAAUGGGACAGUAGAGAGAGAAGAGAUUUUUGUUACAUCUAAGCUCUGGGGAAGUGACCACCAUGACCCAGUUUCCGCUCUCAAACAAACUCUAAGGAACUUGGGCAUGGAAUAUUUGGACUUGUACUUGGUGCACUGGCCAGUCAAGCUUAAGCCAUGGGCUUGUAAUUAUGCGGUUCCCAAGGAAGAUGAAUUUGAAAAGUUAGACUUGGAAUCCACCUGGGCUGGCAUGGAAAAGUGCCUUGAAUUGGGUUUGUGUAGAUCUAUUGGUGUCAGCAAUUUCUCAAGCAAAAAAAUUGAAGGGCUCUUGGAUUUUGCCUCUGUUGCUCCAGCUGUCAAUCAGGUGGAAAUGCAUCCCAUGUGGAGGCAAGCAAAACUCCGUGAGGUCUGUGGGGACCACAAAGUCCACGUAAGUGCUUACUCACCACUUGGUGGGCCCGGGAAUGCAUGGGGGUCAACGGCUGUAGUGGACAGUCCAAUUAUCCAAUCCAUAGCACAAGAACACAAUGCCACUCCUGCUCAGGUUUCUCUAAAAUGGGGAUUAUCUAAGGGAUCAAGUGUGAUUGUAAAGAGCUUUAACGAACAUAGGUUGGAGGAGAACAUUGCUGCCCUUGAUCUGAAAUUGGACGAUCAGGAUCUCCUCAAGAUAGACAAAUUGGAGGAGAGGAAGAUCAUGAGGGGAGAGUUUCUAGUUAAUGAAACUACAAGCCCUUACAAGUCACUUGAAGAUCUUUGGGAUGGUGAAAUUUAA